AUGGUGAGCAAUGAUGUUGGGGGUAAAAUUUGGUCAGCUAUUGUUGCAUUGGGUGUUAUGGAUGAGGAGGGGAAAAACAAAUUGGUUCGAAGGAUUGAGGUGUUGGAGAAUGGCGAUGUUGAUAGGAGGGAUGGAAGGAAGGAGAUUGGAUUAAAGUUAAAUGGAAGGAAGGUUGGUAUUAUGUUGUCAAUGUUUAUUCUUCUUGCGAGUUGGAAAAAAAAGUUAUGGGAAGAUUUAUUGGAGUUGAAGGAGAAAUUUAAAGACAGAGAGUGGAUUAUAGGUGGAGAUUUUAAUGCAGUUAACAAUAGUAGGGAAAGAAAGGGGAGAUCAGAGUGGGGAUGGCAAGUCGAUGAGUCGUAUCGAUAUCUUUUGGCGGAUGUGGUGGUGACAAGGUGGGGAGUGGUUGGUCAAUUCAUUGGAGAAAGAGAUAUCUCAAAUCAUUGUCUGGUGUGGUUGGUGGUUGAUGAGGUAGAUUGGGGUCUGAAACUGUUCAAAUUCAAUAAUGAAUGGUUUUCUUUUGAUUCUUUUUUUUAUCCUUUUGUGGAAAAAGAGUGGAAAAGUUUUGUGGUGGAGGGGAGAGGAGAUUAUGUGUUGAAAGAGAAGUUGAGACUUCUUAAAUUUAAACUUAAGUGGUGGAAUAUGGAGGUUUUCGGGAGGCACGAUUUGGAGGUGGAUGAGGGGGUGAGGAACAUUAAUAUGGAAGAUGAUAGGGUGGAAGAAGCAGACGGUAAUUUACUUUUGGGUGUGGUUGAAAAGAGAAGGGAGGCGACUAGUAGAUUUUGGAGGAACUUAAGAAUCAAAGAGAAUAUGCUUCUUCAAAAGUCUAGAUUAAGGUGGCCAAAGGAGGAGGACACUAAUAGUGAUUUUUUUCACAAGGUAAUAAAAGGUAGAAGGAGGAUUAAUCACAUAGGCCCACUUCAAUCUUCGAGGGGUGUGAUUGAUGGGGUGGAGGAGGUUAAAGAAGAGGUGUUUAGGCACUUUUCAAGUAAGUUUGAGGAGACGGACGAGGUUAGACCAUCAUUGGAUGGGAUAAAUUUCAACAAAAUUAGAGAAGUGGAUGUGAAUUUUCUUGAAAGGCCUUUUCUUAGAGAAGAAAUCAAGGAAGCUACUUGGAGUUGUGGUGGAUCGAGAAGUCCGGGGCCGAAUGGUUAUUCUUUCCUUUUCUUUAAGAAGUGUUAG